AUGUCGUCGGCCAAGGACCUCGUCGAGUUUCCCGACGUGGAGGCGAAGCUCCAAAAACCUUCCAAGCAAUCCGCCUUCGAGAAACAGAGGGCCGAAGCAGAAGCAAAAAGGGCCCGAGAGGCUGCCGAGACAGCUGCAGUAUACGAGGAUUUCGUCAAGAGCUUCGAUCACGACGAUGACGACGCCGCCGCCAGCACCGGCCGAUUUGGCUCCAUGCCUUCCCAAAGACACCCUCCGAAGGCUCCUGGCUUUGGUGGCGGCGCACCGCUAGGCGCAGUCGCAGCGUCCAAACGACACUUUGGUGCACCCGCCCUGAAGAGUGGUCCCGGAAGCCUGGGUUUCGUUCCCGGCUCGAAGAGCGGCCCGGGGAGUUUGGGGCCUCCGCUAGGGUCGUUUGGAAGGAAGAGAGCGUUCGAUGCAUUCCGACAAGAGAAAGACAGAGACGGCAGGCUUGGAUUCGAGGAGCGAGAGGAACCCAUGUCGGUCGCUAGAGUAUUCAACCACAGCGAUGACGAGGACGAGGGAAACUCUGACUCGAGAGCCGAGGAGAUGGCAGUGGCGAGGCCGACGUUGCGCCUAUCUCAGCUGCCGCCGGGGACGUCACCCGCCUUCAUAAAGUCGUUGAUACCAACAAACCUGACGGUCGAUAACGUCAAAAUCUUGCCUCCUGUGGGGCCCUCUGGCACGGAGAGAAAGUGCGCCGUGGCCAUCGUCACAUUGUCGCAGGACACUGCAGCAACAGACAUCGACGCAGCGGUCAGCUCGCUCCAAAACCGCUACCUUGGCUACGGCUUCAACCUUUCACUACACCGUCACCUUUCCUCGGCCGUGGUGACCGCCGCGGCAUCUACGCUUGGUGGUACGUCUGCCGGAUCGCAGCCUUUUGGCGCCAAACCCGUCUCGCAGCAGACGGCACCGGGCAGCGCGGCCCCGCAACAUGCUUUCCAUCGGGGGUUUGCACCGCCGACUUCUUACGCCCCCGCCGGUGGAGGACCCAUUAACCGAAGCAGCAUCCUACAUGUACCCGUCAAGCCGCCAAACGACAUCAAGAUGCUCCAGCUCAUCAAUAAAACCAUUGAAUCGGUCCUUGAGCACGGGGUUGAGUUCGAGGCGCUGCUGAUGAGCCGUCCCGAGGUUCAGCGCGAGGACAAGUGGGCAUGGAUUUGGAAUGCCCGUAGCGAAGGAGGUAUCUGGUACCGUUGGCGACUGUGGGAAAUCGUCACAGGGGCCUCUUCUCGCAGUAACAAGGGAAGAUAUUUGCCGCUGUUCGACGGAAGUCACGCUUGGAAGGCUCCGGAGAAGGGCCUGCCAUACGAGUUCGUCACCCGCAUUGACGAGUUCGUGUCGGACUCGGAGUACAACUCCUCAGACGACGAGGAUUUUGACGGAGACAAUCGCGAGAACCAAAACCAAGGCCCCGAGGCCGAGGCCACCUUCUUGAACCCUCUCGACAAAGCCAAGCUUACCCACCUCUUGUCUCGACUACCCUCCACGUUAUCUAAGAUACGGAAGGGAGACAUCGCCCGUGUCACGACCUUUGCUCUCACACACGCAAGCCGGGGCGCUGAAGAGGUCGUCGACAUGAUCGUCUCGAAUGUCGAGAAGCCCUUCGCACUAACGGCGGCUAAUCCGGAGUUUCAGUCCAAUACCAAAGAGAAGACCAGACAGGAAGACGAUUCCGAACCACCGUUGCCCGAGUCGGAAGAGAAGGCCGACAAGGAGGGACUCGACACCAGCGGCCCAAGCCUCGUGGGUCUAUACGUUGUCAGCGACGUGCUGUCGGCGUCGUCUAGCAGCGGCAUACAGCGCGCCUGGCGAUAUCGACAGAUGUUUGAAGGGGUGCUUAAAGAACGCAAAACCUUUGAGGGUCUUGGCCUGAUGGCGGAGAGACUGAACUGGGGCCGAAUGCGGGCCGAAAAGUGGAAGCGUAGUGUCGGGCUCGUUCUCGGCCUCUGGGAGGGAUGGUGUGUGUUCCCGACGGAUAGUCAGGAGCUGUUCGCCAGCAGUUUCGACAACCCGCCAUCCUCUAAGACACAGGAGCAAAUCGAAGACGAUGCAGCAAAGAAGGGCAAAUGGAAGCUAGUCGAGGCCUUCACGCCAAGUGUCGAUGUUGCCACCUCCACCGCCGCCGCUGCUGCCGCCGCCGCUGCCACCAGCACCCCUGACAAGACGGCAUCAAAGCGGACGUCGGUUGACAAAAAUGAUGAUGUCGAAGGCGAGCCAAUGGACGAAGAAGACGUCGCUGGCGAACCCAUGGAAGAGGACGACGUCAUGGGUGAACCAAUGAGCGAAGAGGAUGUGGAGGGAGAACCCAUGGCGGACGACGAUGUCGAAGGAGAGCCGAUGGAGGAGGAUGAUGAGAAUGGUGACGCAGGUGAACCAGCGAAGGGCCAACCAACAGCAGCCAAGUCCAGUAAGGAGGAGGAAAUAGCAGAGGAUGGGGACACUGGUGAAACGCAUGCAACCGGGCGGUUACAGCUAUCGACUAAGCCGAAGGCUCAGGCCAGGAAACGGAUGAGAGCGGUGGAUAUGUUUGCUGACUCUGGGGAAUCCGAUGAGGGCAAGUAG